AAAAGCUGGCCCAAGAUUUACUUCGUGUGUCUAUACGCGGGCGAGAGAAUCCAGCAUUCACAAUAAUAACAAGACCAUGGGACCCUGGUUACCAACAAAGAAACGAGAAGCUCUGUCUUGUUCGUGCUACUUGACGGUUCCUCUUUACUAUUCCGUUUGGGUACUGGACCACCAACUAUUACCUGGCUAUCGAUUGACGGCGGGGAUAAAAUUUUCCUUUUCUCCGUGUCUGUCCUCUUUCUGCGCACAAGCCGUCCAUCCACCAAAGAUGGACCUGCUUUGCUUUUACAGGUCGGUGUCCCGUACGAAAUUCCUAAUUUGGAAUAUUGCUGCUCCGUGCCCUCGCACAGACCGGCAAGACCACGAUGAACUUCCGUGAUUGGAGCAUUCAGUGCUCGACUGGACCUCACAUAUGCCAUCUGCUUGUAAAAGAGGCAACGUUCAUUCCCGACAUGUGUUUGUGAAGACCUUUGCUACGAGUGUGAUGGAAUUUAGUAAAUAAUAUGGAGUACGGAGUACAGCUUUUCUCGUUACAUUACAAAUACGAGCUCACGAGCAAUGCUAACAAGCC